AUGUUGAACAAAGUUUUCUUACGGAUAGUGACUAAUUAUGGACGAAAUUUUUCAACUGUACCAGCAGCUGUUAAAAAAGCGACUUCGACUGAUCGAAGUGCUCAAUUGAAACAGAUGCUUCUAUCACCAAAACUUGAAUUUAUCAUGGAAGCACAUAGUGCUUUAAGUGCAAAAAUUGUUGAAGAAACAGGUUUUAAGGCUAUUUGGGCAAGUGGUUUAUCAAUGUCUGCUUCACUUGGUUUACGUGAUUCGAAUGAAGCAUCAUGGACACAAGUUCUUGAUAUUUUAGAAUUUAUGUCUGAUGCAACAACUAUACCAAUACUUGUCGAUGCUGAUACAGGUUUUGGUAAUUUUAAUAAUGCCCGUCGUCUUGUACGUAAACUUGAACAAUUGGGUAUCGCUGGUGCAUGUAUUGAAGAUAAAUUAUUUCCGAAAACAAAUUCAUUAUUAGAUAAUCGUGAACAACCAUUAGCUGAUAUUGAUGAAUUUGCAUUAAAAAUUCGUGCUAUGAAAGAUACACAACAAGAUCCAAAUUUUUGUGUUAUUGCUCGUGUUGAAGCAUUUAUAAGUGGAUGGGGUUUAGAUGAAGCUAUACGUCGUGCUGAAGCUUAUCUAUCAGCUGGUGCUGAUGCUAUAUUAAUGCAUAGUAAACAAAAAGAUCCAAAAGAAAUCGAACAAUUUAUGAAAGCAUGGAAUAAUCAAGGUCCAGUUGUAAUUGUUCCAACAAAUUAUUAUCAAACACCAACUGAUACAUUUCAAAAAUGGGGUAUAUCAACUGUUAUAUGGGCAAAUCAUAAUUUACGUUCAAGUAUUAAAGCAAUGCAAGCAACAUCGAAACGAAUCUAUAAUGAACAAACAUUAGUUAAUAUUGAACCUAAUAUUGUUAGUGUUAAAGAAGUAUUUCGUUUACAAAAUGAUCAAGAAUUAGUUAAUGCUGAAAAAAAAUAUUUACCAACUAAAUCAAAAAAAUAA